AUGAUUCGACAAGACGCCCACCGGAUCGACCCUAAACGGCGAGCAACAAUCGAUCAUAAGAAAAGGCAGUUCGCUACACCCGUCUACAAGCAGCAGGACUACCCUCAUCGUCUGAAUUUGUACGACACGCCGCCCACAGCAGAGAUCACCCUCGAGCAAUUUGAACAAUGGGCAAUUGAUCGCCUCAAGAUCCUCGCCGAGAUCGAAGCAUGCUCUUAUCGAAACAAAACCCCCGCGGAGACCGCGACACACAUCACUCCCCUGCUCCAAAAAUACCUCCCUCUGUCCUCCAAUACCUCAUCUUCCAACGGAGCUGCAGAUCAGCGGUUGAAAAAUGAGCGUCAAAAAGACCACUACUCACAUUUCAUUCUCCGUUUGGCUUUCUCCGCAACCGAGGACCUCCGUCGCCGGUUUGCCCGUGCCGAAACAAUGCUCUUCCGGUAUCGUUUUCAGAAGGAUGAUUCACGAGAACGAAUGGCCUUUAUUGACAGCCUGAACCUGGACUGGGAGGCUGUGAGCGAAGAAGAGCGGAACGAGAUAGCUGAAAACCUCAUCAGUUCAACACCCGGAUUGCGUCGUCUAGAUGAGGAGACAUGGUUUAAGGUUGACUGGGAAAAGGUUCCGGAACUGGUUGAACGGCGGGCGGUAUUCCUGAGAAGAGGAAAGGCCUAUGUUCCAGGCAGGGAACAGCUUGCUAUGAUUAUGGCUGAGUUCACUGCUCGCCUAGAACGGUCACUAGAGCUUACUAGCCGCGCCCUUCCAAAGUUAGAUGAGGAUGACCGUUUGACUCCAAUCCUAAACCACCUGUCGAAGAAUUUCGGUAGCGCCGACUCCGUAUUCUCCGAAGGCGAAGGACAUGUCGACGGUGCAGCAAUCACCGCCAGUUCCGUCGAUCAACUCUCGCAGCAUUUCCCGCUCUGCAUGCGAAGCUUGCAUACGAAUCUACGCAAGAACAAUCACCUCAAACAUUUCGGACGACUGCAAUAUACACUCUUCCUCAAAGGCAUUGGACUCUCGUUAGAAGAAUGUAUUCUCUUCUGGCGUCAGUCUUUCAAGGGGAAAACGGAUGACGAAUUCAAUUCCCAAUAUAAAUACAAUAUCCGUCACGCCUAUGGAGACGUCGGUGGCGAUGCUCGCCGUGGUCGGGGAUAUCCACCUUAUUCCUGCCAAAAGAUUCUAGGUGAUAAUAAUGUUGGUAUUGGUCAAUCGCACGGAUGCCCUUACCGUCAUUACUCUGUCGAUAAUCUUGUUGGACUGCUCCAAUCUACCGGAGUCCACGAUAAGGGAACUUUGCGCGAGGUGCGAGAAGAUGUGGGCAAGCAGCGCUACCACAUUGCUUGCAACCGUGUCUUCGAAUGGUCUCACCGCAAUGAAAUUAAGAAGGUCAAGGAGGAUGGAACUUGGAGCCAAGCGGAUCUUGAUACGAUUGUGCAUCCUAAUGUCUACUUCAAGCGCAGCUACCUUCUCAAGCAGUUGGCCAAGGCUCCUGGCCGAGACUAA